CUAUUCAAGAUUCAAACUGAAGAAGAAAUCUUGUUAGGCAGCAUGAAACCUAUUCCUAUAGAACAAAAGAGGGAAGUGCAAAAAAGGGGGUGGAAGAAAGAAAGGGAAAUCAAAGAAGGAAAGGCAGGGAGCCAUUGCAGGGGAGCGGGAAAACGGAAGAAACAUUCUUAAGCGCAAUGUUAUGGUGCCAAGUAGGAGCAUGUACCCCCCUCUGACCAUCAUAUUUCUCUUCCCCAACUAAAACUACAAAAAUGGCGGCGACUACAUACAAUUUACAACACACAACAACUCCCUUUAUCUAGUCCGCUGCUUUGCUCUCUUCCCUUGUGCAUUCUUUCCCCCUAUCUCUGUCUGACAACGAGCUUUUGCUUGAUUCCUUUACGGAACACUCAUAUCUCUGUUUUAAUUCCCUCCAAUAUCUCAAAAAAAUAAAACAAACAAAGAGGAUAAAACAAUCCUGCAAGAAAAGAAGAAGACCAUAUACAUAUCAUCAUUUACACUUCAAUUUAUAUGCAACUUUCAUGCAAAUUAUGCUUAUUUUAAUGAUAACUUCAUGCAGAUUAUGUCCGCUCCUUAUUCAUGUAUGGUAUAUGUAAGGUUUGGCCCAUUUAAAGAUGAACGAGUUUUCCCAAAUUUUUUUAUUUUCGUCACUUCCUACUUAUAUAUUCUAGUUUGUAAGUUGUAACGACAAUAGACAGUACAAGUACGACACCUACGGUAGACAUACUUAAUCCAUCUAUGUGUCAUUAUAAAAAAAAAAUAGAGGCUCGCACUUACUCAUACUAGCAGAUUUUUUGUGUGUGAGAUGUCAGCUAAAUUUUCAAAUAUAUAUAUUAUCGUUGUUAUUUUUCAAAUAUAUACUCACUAAACAUGGUAAUAAUAUCUCAAAUAUUUACCCUUAUCAGUUAUCAUAGGUGAAAAUGUUGGGUAAAAAAUAAAAUGCAACAGCUGGACGUGGUGGCGUGCCGCUCACCGCUUUGGCUUAGUAGUACUAGGAAACUCCUCUCUUCGUCAGUCUCCAGUCGCACCACAAAAUUCCUCACUGGGCCGCCCGCCGCCUCCGCCACCUCCGCCACCAGAGCCCCAACAAUCAGCCGCCUGCGUCCACCCUAGCCGCCUUCACCUUCGCCCAAAAUCUCAAUCGCCAUUUUGCUUCACUCUGUUAUCACUCCGCCUUCUCAGCCGCAAUCACAGUUCCCCGCGCUUUGCCAAAAUCCUCCGGCUGCUCUUGCUCGCUCGUUCCUCCUAGCUGUCUAUCUCUACAUCCACUUCUUCAAUUCGCGGAAGGAGCUUUACCGAUAGGUAUAACCCAACUUUCUGAUUUGCGGAAUCUCCUUCAGUAGGUUGUUUUGAAAUACCGUUUAGAGGUUUUGGUGGUGGAGAUUUUUAUCACGUCUGGCGAAAUUGAAUCCUAGAUUCUGUUCUUUUGAGGGAAGUGUUUGAGAGCUAUGAUUCGUCACUGAUUUGAUGAUCUUUCAGGUAUAAGUGUAAAUAAUUAUGUAUGAUUCUUUACAGGUUACAUUCUGCUGUUCUUCGACUACCCACCAAUGGCUGCUACAUCAUCUUCCUUGUCAUCCUGCUUGUUGCGCGAUGGUGGACUCGGUCCUGAAUCCACAAAGUGCUAUAAUGCUAAGCAAUCAGUGUGUGGAAGUGCAAAGUCACUUUCUAUGCCAUCCAGGCUAAGACAUUCCAUGGAGGCUGGUAGCCUCUCCUCGACGAGAAGUCCAGCUCGCUGCUGCAGUGCAGUCAGGACAAAGGCCAGUCCUUUAUUCACAUUAGGGAAGAAGUUCCAUCUCGAUGAUGUGAUCGAGGCGCAGCAGUUUGAUAGAGAUACUCUCAAUGCUAUAUUUGAGGUUGCUAAGGAGAUGGAAAAGAUUGAGAAGAAUACACCUGGAAGCCAUAUGCUCAAGGGGUAUCUCAUGGCUACCCUUUUUUACGAGCCUUCUACUCGUACUCGGCUGUCUUUUGAAUCUGCAAUGAAGAGGCUCGGCGGGGAAGUUUUGACGACCGAGAAUGCCAGGGAGUUUUCUUCGGCUGCCAAGGGGGAGACACUUGAAGAUACGAUUAGAACGGUUGAAGGGUAUUCAGAUAUCAUUGUGCUGCGUCAUUUUGAAAGUGGUGCUACGAGGAGAGCAGCGGCAACAGCUAGCAUUCCGGUCAUUAAUGCAGGGGAUGGUCCUGGACAACAUCCUACCCAGGCCCUUUUGGAUGUCUAUACAAUCGACAGAGAGAUCGGCAAAUUGGAUGGCAUCAAAGUGGCACUUGUGGGAGAUCUAGCUAAUGGAAGGACAGUUCGGUCACUUGCAUAUUUACUUGCAAAAUAUGAAAAUGUGAAGAUCUAUUUUGUCUCCCCUGAGGUGGUGAAGAUGAAGGACGACAUAAAGGAUUAUCUGACAUCCGAGGGGGUACAAUGGGAAGAGAGCGGCGACUUAAUCGAUGUUGCAUCUAAAUGUGACGUCGUGUAUCAAACUCGAAUUCAGAAAGAAAGGUUUGGAGAGAGAACCGAUCUGUAUGAAGAGGCUCGUGGGAAGUACAUCGUGGAUAGUGAUGUGCUGAAUGUGAUGCAGAAGCAUGCUGUUGUCAUGCACCCUCUCCCCCGGCUUGACGAGAUAACUGUGGAUGUCGAUUCGGAUCCUAGAGCUGCGUAUUUCAGACAAGCGAAGAAUGGCCUCUACAUCCGCAUGGCUCUUCUGAAGCUUCUACUGGUUGGAUGGUGAAUAUUGCUGCAGGUGGUGGCUUACUGAGUCGGGGAUUCGUCGGAAAAUUUUGUUGCAUUCCCUUUGUUUACCUGAGCUGGUUUUGUAGUGCACUAAACUGAUUAGAGUCGAGUUCAAGGAGAGAAGUGAUUGUAGAGAAGUUGAUGGACCAGGAGUUAUUUUGUUUUUGCCAUAUGAUUUUGAUUGUCAAGGUUGAUACUAUAGCGGAAUGGUAUGAAAUUUAUCAACAGACUUUCUUCUAUUGAUUCUUGUCAUAAUGUUUGUUUUUUAUUUUAAUUUUUUAUAAUAUUUAAUAUUAAUUGUUAAUUUAAACCCAUAUUAUAGGAGCUCACAACCCUACUAUUGGGUUUAAAUUGUUGGAUUCAGAACCUUAAUGUAUGCUUUUGAGGCAUCCUGGACCUUAAAAUCCAUUGGUUUUAUGAUUCAGUAUGCCAGUAUCAUUCCCAACUAAUCAACAUUAUUUAUAUAAAUUGUUUCUUUGAAAAGUUAGUUCUUUUUUUAAAUCUAACUGCACAUGUGUAAAUGAAAUAUAAUAUUAUUUUGAAGAGAAUGAAUCAUCUGCAAAAUGUUAGGUUAGUGUUCUAUGCUGACUUCAGUUCCACGUAAACUGAAUUAAUUUAAGUGAAUAUUCCACCGAUGAUGAUAAUGAUGGUUAGCAUGUUCCACCUUCUAAGGGGGGAAAGAUAAUUUAUUUUACACACUAUUUGGUAUCAAAUGAAUCAAGAAUUCAUUU